AUGGGCGCGGACGAACCCAAGGGGACAGUUACGGACUCUAGCCCAAUCAAAUAUGAUGGGGACGCACCUCAGUUGGGGAAUACAUCCUCGUCGUCGCUGGACCAGCCUCGUGCUCGAGUUAAAGAUUUAGGCGAAUGCGCUUUCGAUGCCGUCGAGGAUCCGAGAUAUUACAAGCCUAUCGAUUCGUAUGAGGGUAUUCACCGCUGGGAUCCAGAUUUUGAGUGGACAGAAGAGGAAGAAAAGCGAAUUAUAAGAAAGAUCGAUUGGCGCGUAUGCACGUUCGCAUGCGUCACCUUCUUUGCGCUCCAGCUAGAUCGUGGUAAUAUCGUCCAGGCCAUGUCCGACAACAUGUUAGAGGACCUAGGCAUGAACACCAACGACUACAACACCGGUCAGACUAUUUUCUACCUCAUAUUCUUGUUUGCGGAACUUCCGUCUCAGCUAUUGUCGAAAAAGUUGGGACCCGAUCGAUGGAUUCCCAUUCAGAUGUUCUGUUGGAGUUUGAUCGCAGCCUGCCAAGCCUUCAUCAAGAGCAAAGGAGGAUAUUUUACUUGCAGGGCGCUUCUGGGUCUCUUUGAGGGUGGAUUUAUUCCGGAUACCAUUUUGUUCCUUUCUUUCUGGUACAAAUCUAAGGAACUGCCCAUUCGCUUGAGCUUUUUCUGGGUAUCUUUCCAAGGAACUGCGAUCAUCGGUGCAUUCCUGGCGUUUGGGUUUCUACACAUCCGCGAUGACGAUGGAAAAGGCGGAUGGCGGUACCUUUUCGCCUACGAGGGUCUCAUCACCGGCAUCAUCGCAAUCGUCGCGGCUUUCUGGAUGCCUGCCUCACCCACGCAGACCAAGGGUGGCCUUCGAGGGAAGGACGGCUGGUUCAAUGAACAUGAAGAAAAGAUCAUGGUAAACCGCGUGCUUCGAGACGACCCUAGCAAAGGAGGUAUGCACAACAGACAGGCAGUGACGCCGAAGAUGCUUUGGCAUGCCGUCUGCGAUUACGACAUGUGGCCCAUUUACCUCUUGGGACUGGUCUGGAUGAUACCCAACACUCCGGCUACCAAUUAUAUCACACUGCAACUGAAGUCGCUUGGGUUCGGAACUUUCGAGACCAACCUUCUGACCAUCCCUGCAUAUGUCAUUUUUAUCCUGAACCUGCUCUUUUGGACGUGGAUUUCCGAGCGUUUCAACCAGCGCUUCACCCUGGGCGUCAUGACGGAAGUGUGGUGCUUGGUUCUGCUUAUUGCACUCGAGGUUCUUCCCGAUGGAACCAGCCCCUGGGGUCUCUGGAUAAUCAACGUUCUCUUGAUUGGAGCUCCAUACGUGCAUGCUAUCGUUGUAGCGAUGACCUCUCGCAAUGCGGGUUCGGUCCGUACCCGAACGGUUGCGAGUGCAUUGUACAACAUGAUGGUUCAGGCGUCGAGUAUUAUCGCCGGUAAUAUUUACCGCGAAGACGACAAGCCUCAUUAUCGCACCGGAAACAAGGUCCUCAUAGCUUUGACGGUCGUGAGCAUAUUUCUCUUCAUAUUCGCGAGACAAUACUAUGUCUGGCGUAACAAGCAAAAAUCUGCAAUCUGGGAUGCCAUGUCCACUGAGGAGAGGGAGCAGUAUUUGGCUGAGAACUCUCAUAGAGGAAACAAACGGCUUGACUUCCGAUUCAUUUAUUAG